UGGAGCUAGUUCGACGGAAACAAGAAAAGCUGUGUGUGUGUGUUUGUCACAAGAACGCGCAGGAAGGUGGUACCAGUGAGGUUAGGUUCAGCUUAGUGAGGCACAUGGUUAAACAUUAAAAAUGGGAAAACCUGGUUUUUCUCCACGUGGUGGUAGUUUUCGUGGUGGGCGUGAUAGUGGUGGUGGAGGAAGAGGUGGCUUUGGCAGAAGUCCUGGAGGUCGAGGUGGAGGACGAGGGGGAUUUGGUGGCAGGGGCCGUGGAGGAGGUGGGAGAGGAGGAGGAGGAGGACGAGGGCGUGGAGGUGGUGGAUUUAAAGGCGGCAAGAAUGUCAUAAUUGAGCCUCACCGUCAUGAGGGUGUGUUCAUUGCAAGAGGCAAGGAGGAUGCUCUUGUCACAUUAAAUAUGGUACCAGGAGAAGCUGUCUAUGGAGAGAAGAGAAUAUCAGUGGAUGAGGGUGAAAAGAAAAUAGAGUAUCGUGUAUGGAAUCCCUUCCGAUCAAAAUUGGCUGCAGCAAUCCUAGGAGGAGUGGACCAGAUUUAUAUGGCACCUGGUAGCAAGGUUCUUUACCUGGGAGCUGCAUCUGGAACAACAGUGUCUCAUGUGUCUGAUGUUGUUGGACCAGAAGGACUAGUUUAUGCUGUGGAGUUCUCGCACAGAUCAGGUCGUGAUCUGCUUAACAUGGCUAAAAAACGGACCAAUGUAAUCCCUAUCAUUGAGGAUGCCCGUCAUCCUCACAAGUACCGGAUGCUUGUUGGAAUGGUGGAUACAGUGUUUGCUGAUGUAGCUCAGCCUGAUCAGGCUAGAAUUGUUGCCCUCAAUUCCCAAUAUUUUCUGAAGAAUGGAGGUCAUUUUGUAAUCUCAAUUAAGGCCAGCUGCAUAGAUUCUACUGCUCAACCUGAAGCUGUGUUUGCAUCAGAAGUGAAGAAACUGCAGGCAGACAAACUGAAGCCACAGGAGCAAAUAACUCUGGAACCAUACGAACGAGAUCAUGCUGUUGUGGUUGGUGUGUAUCGGCCACCACCAAAGUCAAAAGGAGGCUGAUAGCCAUGAUUUUUUGGAAGACAAGUGAGCAAAUGGUUAUACAGUGACAGGUACUUGGACUGGAGGAACAUCAGUGACAUCCUGCUGUUCGUUUUGUGCUGUUUUACUCUAGAAUAUAGAUGUGUAUGCUGUUUGUAGUUUUACUUUAAUAAGAAAUGUUAAACUAAUAACAGAACAAUAUUAUAUCCAAUUCAUUCCAAAUGCUGUAAUUCUAAAUAGUUACAGAUAUAAAUGUUACAGACAACACACCGGUAACGUUCAUCUUACCUGAAUUACUGUUAUCAUAAGUUAUUUAACUGCUCACGUAAUACAGUUUUAAUGAAAUAACUGCAAAAUAACCUGCAGUUGGACUGUCCUCAAUGAAUUACAACCCAUUUCCAUAAGAUACACUUUAAUAUAAUUUUCCUAUUGUGUCUCAAUCUCUCCAGUGCCACUUUCUUGUAUUUUUCUAAAAAAAUUAUGUAUUUCUUCACUGUGGGUGUACUAAAUAUCUGGUCUUUCUUA